AAAAAGGAACAUCGUUGACGUUUGAGAAUAGAAUCGAAAAUGGGUGAUAUAAAAUCCUUCUUUCACCAGUGGUGUGCGAAAAACGGAAAGGAACCGCAAUUCGAUGUUAGACCGACAGGACCGAAACACAGGCAACGUUUCCUCUGCGAAUUGCGUGUACCUGGCUUCGAUUAUGUUGGUGCGGGAAAUUCUACCAACAAGAAAGAUGCCCAAGGAAACGCCGCGAAAGAUUAUGUCAACUAUCUAGUACGUACAAAUCGUGUGAAUCCGAACGACGUGCCGCAAGAUUUGACGACACAGCCAGCGAUUGCACCGGAUAGCAUCAAGACAGAAAUCACAACACCGACAAGAUCGGUAUUCCAAGGAGGCAUGGGACCGAAUGAUAUUGGUCAGGCCUAUAGACCUUACAAUGAACGUGGCCAAAGUAAUUAUACAUACAUGGAUAGGCUGGCUGAUCAAAAGAAAGUGGAAGAUGCAGAAGACGUUGAUGUAAAUUCAGGGAUACAUGGGAACUGGACAAUAGAAAACGCCAAGUCUAAACUCCAUCAGUUCAUGCAAACUAACAAAAUUAAUGCUGAUUACAAAUAUACCUCGGUCGGUCCGGAUCAUACGAGGAGUUUUAUGGCAGAAAUGACUCUUUAUAUUAAGCAACUUGGACGAAGCAUAACUGGCCGCGAAACUGGAUCGAACAAACAAACGGCUUCAAAAAGUUGUGCUUUAUCUAUCGUUCGCCAACUGUAUCAUUUAGGUGUUAUUGAAGCAUUUAGUGGUACAUUAAAAAAUAAGGAUGCUGAACAAAUGAAGCCUUAUCCUGUUAAAAUUUCACCAGAAUUGGAAAAUCAGAUUCUCGAUGUUUUAACGAGUUUGGAAAUAAAACCAGUUGAUAUUAAUCAGUUGCCCUCUGUACCAAAAGGAGAAAAUGACACUUCAACUACUGGUGUAUCUUUAUUGACGAAUCAAGUUUUGGAUGAUUUUAUAUCUUCAGUGCCGCAACCCGCCGGUGUUGUAAGCUGGUCACCACCUCAACCAAAUUGGAAUCCAUGGGCAGGAUGUAACAUAGAUGAGGGACCACUGGCGACAAUAUCUUUGGAUCAAUUGUCGGAAGAUUUAAUGAAUGAACAGCGUGAAAAGUUGCAACAAGAUUCCAGUUUACAGGCAAGCAUGAAGGAAAGAUCAACUUUGCCUGUUUUCACCAAAAAUGAGAUUAUGAACGCGGUUAAUGAAAAUCCAAUCAUUAUUAUACGUGGAAACACGGGAUGCGGUAAGACUACACAAGUUUGUCAGUUUAUUCUGGAUGAUUAUAUCGCGUCCGGCCAAGGUGCGUAUUGCAGCAUAGUUGUGACUCAACCCAGAAGAAUCUCAGCUGUAUCUGUAGCUGACCGAGUCGCCAUCGAAAGAUGUGAAACUCUAGGCCAAUCAAUCGGAUAUUCUGUGAGAUUUGAAUCCUGCUUACCAAGACCAUAUGCUAGUAUAAUGUUUUGUACUGUGGGAGUACUCUUGAGGAAACUAGAGGGCGGUCUCAGAGGUGUGUCACACGUUAUCGUCGAUGAGAUUCACGAGCGAGACGUCAAUUCGGAUUUUAUUAUGGUGGUACUUCGAGACAUGAUCCAUCUCUAUCCUGAUCUUAGAAUUAUUCUCAUGUCAGCUACAAUUGAUACAACGCUGUUCAGCGAGUACUUCAAUAAUUGCCCUGUAGUAGAAAUUCCCGGCAGAUCCUUUCCCGUUCAGCAAUAUUUCUUAGAGGACUGUAUAGAACUGACGAAUUUUGUUCCACCCACAAUAUCUGGGAAACGUAAAUCUAAGGAUUCAGAUGAGUUGCCCAUAACAGACGGCGAACCAGAAGAAAAUCUGAAUAAAGUCAUCAGUAAUAAUUAUUCUGUGCAAACAAAGAACUCUAUGGCACAAUUGACAGAGAAAGAGAUAAGUUUUGAGUUGAUAGAGGCGCUACUCAUGUAUAUUAAACAACAGGAGAUCCCAGGUGCUGUAUUGAUUUUUCUCCCUGGCUGGAACUUGAUAUUUGCGUUGAUGAAACAUCUUCAGCAACAUUCUGUUUUUGGCAAAUCGUCUUAUCUUAUUAUUCCACUACAUUCGCAAUUACCAAGGGAAGAUCAACGCAAAGUCUUUGAUCCCGUUCCACCUUAUGUAACGAAGAUUAUCUUGUCUACGAAUAUCGCAGAAACUUCAAUCACGAUCAACGAUGUCGUCUACGUUAUAGAUUCUUGCAAGGCCAAGAUGAAAUUAUUUACCUCGCAUAAUAAUAUGACCAAUUACGCAACUGUUUGGGCUAGUAAAACGAAUUUGGAACAACGCAAGGGUAGAGCGGGUCGCGUUCGUCCCGGUUUUUGUUUUCAUCUAUGUUCAAAAGCCCGAUUUAACAAGAUGGAAGAACAUAUGACACCGGAAAUGUUUAGAACACCUUUACAUGAAUUGGCACUGAGCAUCAAAUUGUUAAGAUUAGGUAAUAUUGGACAGUUCUUAUCAAAGGCAAUCGAACCACCUCCCAUCGAUGCUGUAAUUGAAGCAGAAGUUGUAUUAAGAGAAAUGAAAUGUUUGGACAAAAACGAUGAAUUGACGCCUCUUGGCAAGAUCCUUGCGCGUUUACCCAUAGAACCACGGCUAGGAAAAAUGAUGAUCCUGGGAUGUAUGUUUCGCGUGGGUGAUGCGCUCUCGACAAUGGCCGCAAACAGUACCACCUUUCCCGAGGUGUAUAACAUGGGUCCAGACAUGAGAAGACUGACGAAUCAGCAAAAAUGGUUUGCUGGUGCGAGAUACAGUGAUCAUGUUGCGAUGUUCCACGCUUUUCAAAUGUGGGAAGAAGCAAGAGCCAACGGCGAAUGGGCGGAACAGUCAUUUUGUGAAUCAAAAAGUCUAAGUUUGCCAACUUUACGAAUAACCUCAGAAGCUAAGAAUCAACUGCAAGCAUUGCUGCAAAGUGCCGGUUUUCCUGAAGAGACUUUAUGUCCAGUCCCAUUGAAUUAUCAAGCUGGUGCUGAUCCGCGUCUUGAUACUAUCACCGCGUUAUUAUGCAUGGGCCUGUAUCCUAAUGUUUGCUAUCAUAAGGAAAAACGAAAGGUUCUUACCACAGAAUCAAAAGCUGCACUGAUUCACAAGACGUCUGUGAACUGCAGCAACUUUGAGCAAAACUUUCCGUUUCCAUUCUUCGUCUUUGGUGAGAAGAUUCGCACUAGAGCUGUAUCUUGCAAGCAAAUGACUAUGGUGUCGCCUAUACAUUUAUUGCUGUUCGGCUCGCGGAAAGUGGAAUAUGUGGAUAGUGUAAUUCGAUUGGAUAACUGGAUCAAUUUGGAUAUGAAUCCACAACAUGCAGCGAAUAUAGUUGCUCUACGACCCGCUUUGGAGAGUCUCGUAAUUCGAGCAUCCAAAGAUCCAGAAACAAUCCUAGAGUUGAGUUCAAUCGAAGAAAAGGUAUUGAGUGUAAUCAAAGCGUUAUGUAGUAUGAAUGCUUGUCGUCAUGAACUGGAGCAAGUAUCCAAUAGUGGUUUCCAAUUGCGAACGAGAGGAUAUGCAUCCAACUAUCGUUUCAAUUAUACUCCUCCUCCAAAAAUGAUGCGUGGAAAUGGUUAUCGCGGUCCCUCUAACGAAUCUUAUGGAGGUAGUAGUUUUAGUGGUAAUUACGGCGGUGGAUACAGAGGAAAUUACAACAACAGAGAUUAUGGAACGGGCAACUCGCGUGGUCGAAAUGGAAAUUGGAAUAACGGUGGCGGAUUCCGUGGACGUUAUUAAUUAAUAUCUUAUUGUCUACACUAUUAUUAUUUUUAUGUUGUGAACUUGUGAGUUGUU